UCCUUCCAGGAGAACCAAGGAGGGAGCACUGCCUCCAUCUAUGGCAUUUUCUGCCACAGAGACACUGAGACUCAGAAACAUGCUUUCGGAGUGCAGCUCGUUUUUGAAGGGUGCGGUGCUGGGAAGUGUCGUCUGUGCCUUGAUCACGACGCUGGGACACCUUAGGGUUGGUAGCACCGCGGGGAAUAACCACCACAAGCAUCACCACCUGCAAGCUCCUCACAAGGAAGAUGCCUUGAAAAUGUCAGAGGCCAAUAGCAGCUCCCGUGUGUACUGUAUCGUUCUUCUCACACCCAAAUAUUUGCGUCUGUUGGCCGCAGUGAAUGAGACCUGGAUCAAACACUGUGACAAAGCAGAGUUCUUCAGUUCCGAACGUGUUAAAGUAUUUGAGUCAGUUACUUUGGGGGAGGAAGACUGGUGGCUGAUGAAAAAAGCUUAUGUCUACGCCUUUGAUAACUACAAGGACCGAUAUAACUGGUUCUUUCUCGCGUAUCCUUCCACGUUUGCGGUUAUCGAAAACUUAAAGUACUUUCUGUUAAAAAAAGAUUCAUCCCAACCUUUCUAUCUGGGUCACACUGAACAUUCCGGAAAGCUUGAAUAUGUGAGUGUGGAGGGAGGGAUUGUCUUAAGUAUAGAAUCAAUGAAAAGACUCAGCCGCCUUUUCACCGACCCUGUCGGGUGUCCCGAAGAGAGAACAGUCAUUUGGAAGUUCACUGAGGAUGAGCUGCUGGCAGUCUGCCUGAAACAUGAGGGAGUGUUUGCGGAAAACGCUGAAGAUGCCGAAGGAAAAAACCUAUUUAAUACGAAAACGAUUAGGAUGCUUAUUAAAGAGGCAAUGACUGCCUCCCCAAGCAAGAUAGUAGAAGGGUGCUGCUCCGAUGUGGCCAUCACUUUCAGUGGACUGACCCCUCAUCAGUUCCAUGUGAUGAUGUAUGGCGUGUACCGUCUUAGGGCAUUCGGACAUAUUUUCAGUGAUGCAUUGUUUUUUUCACCUCCAAAUGGUUCUGACAAUGACUGAAGAAAAAAAAAAAGU